GGUCUGGCAACGACGUGCGCCGUAGCCAAUAGCCAAUGGCUCGCGAGUUUUAUAGAGAGAUCCAAUCCAAUCCUCCGAUUAAAGCGCUAAAAUGCGGUAGACAACGAUAUUUACAACCGCAGAUCAUUUCCCUCGAUGCACUGGCGUUUCACAUCGAGGGUAACGCCAAGUUGUUCUCCUAUAGACUAUGGUGAGUCGCGAAUCACCUUACAGAGACGCCUCGUUCGCCGUUUGUGACAGCCCGCCGUCACCACGAUCCCACGAAAAGCUGGGAGCCCCGGAUGGUGCCUGAAACAAAGAAGUCGACCGAUUUGGUUAGUUUCCGUAUCGUUUGAGGUUUCAACAGUUUGAAUGCCUCGUGCGUCCAUGUCCCAGCCUUCGCGCGCAGACGGAGUCGUCUAGAUCGACGUCUUCGACCGGGAUUCUCUGACAGUAGGGAGCCACCAUCGCCGCCGCCAUGACCAACGAACAGCGGACCUACGUCUAUCUGAACUUCGACAUAGACCCCUUCACAGCCGAACUGGUGUUUCCGCAGGGAGUGCCCAAGGGAGGAUGCGUUUCCCUGGUGUUCGGGUCGUUCGACAAGUCUGCUGUGAGCAGGGAAACGAAGUUCACCGAAGAGUUCGCCAGGAUGGUGAGCCAGAAGUUCCGCGUCUCCUCACCGCUCGUCCGAGGAGGUCCGCAGUGCUUCAUCCGCAUAUCACUGAUGAAAGACGGGCCGCCGCAGGCGCCGAAAUCCCUGCAAAACGGGGCCGAGAGUCUCCCCAAGGACCCGACCGCUUCUACGCCAAGGUCCGCCGCCGCUUUGACUCCCAAAGCAGUCGCUCCCGGGCCGAAGACGGCAGCGCCGGCGCCCAAAACGGCGGGGGCUGACGUGCCCAGCCUGGAAACGGACGCCGCUUCGGCGCCUGGCAACGACGACGAUGUCGAAGACAUGGAUCAAGACGAUGACGUCCAACUCCUCGACGACGGUUCGCUGUCCGACGACGGACCCGACGACAGCGAAUUGGACUUGGGCGACGAAAGCGUGGAGAAGGGCCCUUUCGUCUGCCGCACUUGCGACAAGUCGUUCUCUUUCUACUUCGACCUGACCAAGCACGAGGCGGUCGACCACGGUAUCUUCCACGUGUGCGAACACUGCCGCAAGAAGUUUGUCAAUAAGUUUGGCCUCGUGCGUCACCUCUGGUCGCACCUACCACCGGGCAGGCUCCCCUUCCGCUGCGGCGACUGCAAGAUGACCUUCAUCACGAGGAAGGAGCUGGUGGUGCACAAGAAUUUGCCGCACGGCACCGAACUGCCGCUGGCAGAUGGAAAGCCGCACGCCAAGAAGGUGGUAGCCAUUGAAUUGGACAAGGAUGGCCAGCCAACCAAGGAUACAAACGCUGCCGGGGGCAAGGGCAGGCAGAAACUGCAGACCAAGCCAUCGGACGAAGACAUCUAUUUCUGCGAGUUCUGCGCAGAGGUCUACCUGACAAGCCACUUCUACAAGCAGCACAUUGCGAAGCACCACGCACUGAAGCUCAACGAAGCCCCCGACGACAUCGCUGACUUCACGGGCAUUGCGAGGGACCCCGAAGACCCGAGCAAGCUGCGAUGCGCUCACUGCGACGAGUGUACCGAUGUCGGCUUCAGGGAGCUGUGCCAACACCUGUGCGACAAACACCCCGAAUCCAAGGUCUACCCCUGCCCCAAGUGCACACUCAUCUUCCCGACUGAGGCAGCCUACGAAAGUCACAUUGUCACCCACGUGAUUCAGGUCACGGCAAGCGAAAGCCGCCCGGGACACAAGGACUACCACUGCAACCGCUGCGGGGAGGUGGAGGUCAGCCGCAAGGCCCUCGUGCGUCACAUGCAGCUGCACUAUAAGGACCCCGAUAGCCGGCCGUUUGCCUGCGAGGUGUGCCCGGCGACCUUCCGGCUCAAGUCAAGCCUCUUGCUUCACACAAAGCGCCACUCGGCACGCACCAAGCAGGCCUCUUUUCCGUGCUCGACGUGCCCCAAGGUCUUCACGGCGAAGCACUUUCUGAAGCGACACGAAGAGGUGGUGCACGCCCGAAUCCUCCCAUAUGCAUGUCCGCACUGCUCGAAGAAGUUCUACUUCGAGCGCCACCUGCAGCAGCACCUGGUCAUGAGCCACAGGUCCAAGCUGAGCGACGAGGAGGUCAAGGGCCUGGGCCUCAUCCACAACUUCCAGUGUGAGGAGUGCGGCUUCACGAGCUACAGUGAGCGCACCAUCCGUCGCCAUGUCUACGCGCACACGGGCACCUUCCCGUUCGUCUGCGAGGAGUGCAACCGCGGCUUCGUGUUCCGCUUCGAGCUCACGGCCCACCAUGCCCGGCGCCACCUGCACCAGAAGCUGCGCUGCCAGCACUGCCCGCGCGUGUUCUACAUUGAGGAGCGCUUCAAGAGACACCUUUCGGCGCACGAGGAAAACUGGGGCAUGAGCUGUCCCGUGUGCAACCAGCUCUUUGAGACUCAGGGCUACCUGGAGAGCCACAUGCAGCGCCACUCCGGCAAGACGCCUUACGAGUGCAGCGACUGCGGCAAGCGCUUCAGCGCCCCACAGGGGCUCACCUUCCACAAGCAGCAACACCACGAGAGGCAGCCGCGGCAAGGGGCCCGCCUGUCGGAGCAGUGGCCCCACAGCUGCGAGGUGUGUGGCAUUCGCUUCAAGUACCUGAGCAGCCAGCAGGCCCACAUGGCCUGCCACCACCCGGCCACGGAUAGCCAGCCGCUGGAGUGCACCUACUGCCAGCGCAAGCUGGCCUCAAAGCUGGCUCUGUCCCAGCACUUGCGCAAGCACACUAAUGAAAAGUACAAGUGCAAGCACUGCGACCGCGGAUUCCAGUCGUACGUCGGGUGCCGCACCCACCAAAUCGUCAUGCACACCCGCAAGUUCAAGAUGGCAUGCCCAAUCUGCGAGAAGGGUUGCAUCUCCUUCUUUGAGCUGAAGAAGCACCUCAAGCAGUCCCACAAGGCGGUCGUGGUCCGGGAGCAGGUGGUCGAGGAGCAGCUGGUCCAGGAUCAGCUGGUCCAGGAGCACGUGGUCCAGGAAGUCCAGGAGAUCCAGGAAGGGGAGUACCAGGAGGCCAUCCUCCAGGAGGGAGUCUAUGAGGAGGCGGGUUACCAGGAAGAGAGCGUUGAAGAGGAGUGUCUCCAGGAAGGGGCAUUCCUGGAGCAAAGCUUCGAAGAAGGCACCACUGAGGUGGUUCUUCUUCAAUUGAGUGAAGGCUCCAUCUUGCUGUAAACUCUGCUUGUUCCGCAACCUAAUAAACAUCGGCUGUUUUAAGGGAA